CACAGCCUUCUUUCACAAUCACUUUUGGACUGAGGAGACAUUGCCAUGAAUUACUCUAACAUGUCCAACGGCUUCCAGUGAAGACGAAAGCAGUGGGGAUUAUGACACUAACACACUGACUUCAGGACAAAGCCCCAUCUCAGAAAAAUCAUAGCUCAGCAUCUUGUCAUAUACCAGUAUAUACACAAUCACUCUUGGAUUGAGGAGACAUUGUCACGAAUUGCUCCAACAUGUCAAACGCUGAGAACUUCUCUGACUACUAUGACCUAAGUACAGAUAAUGGCACCAGGUACCAGGACUGCAACACCAACUAUGUAAUGGACUUCAUGCGAGUCUUCCUCCCUACACUCUACAGCAUUGUCUUCAUUGUAGGAUUCAUUGGCAAUGGCCUGGUGUUGUGUGUCCUGAUCAAGUACCACAAAACAUCCAACAUGCCAGAUCUGUGUCUCUUCAACCUGGCACUUUCUGACAUCCUCUUCCUUAUCUCAUUGCCUUUCUGGGCCCACUACGCUGCCAUCACUGAGUGGAUCUUCGGGAGCUUCAUGUGCCAUGCAGUGACAGCGCUCUACAUGUUGGGAUUCUAUGGAAGUAUGUUCUUCAUGGUCCUCAUGACCAUAGACCGCUACACUGUCAUUGUCCACACCUAUACCUCCCUCUUGUCCAAGCACCGGUCUGUCAGAGCUCAAAUAGCCCUGGCUUUGCUUAUGUGGGCACUUAGCUUGGGAGCUUCCCUGCCAACCAUCAUUUUCUCCCAAGUAAAGAAUGAAUCAGAUUUUGUGCAAUAUCCCCAAGGGACAGUGUGGACAUUAUUCUCUUACAUUGAGCUGAACAUCCUCGGCUUCAUUAUUCCUCUCUCAGUGAUGGUGUUCUGCUACUCACGCAUCAUCCCCAUUUUAACGACCAUGAAGUCUCGGAAAAAACACAAUGCUGUCAGGCUCCUGCUGGUCUUGGUCACUGUUUUCUUCCUCUUCUGGACACCCUACAACAUUGUCAUCUUCCUGAAGUUCCUGCAACUUCAACUGGGCUACAUGAACACCUGUCAGUGGAAUCAGGACCUGCACAUGGCUAUGCAGUGGGUGGAAACCAUAGCGUUCAUUCACUGCUGCCUCAACCCCAUAAUCUACGCCUUUGUGGGGCAGAAAUUCAGGAAGUUAUUUCUAAUGAUCCUGAAAGAGUGGUUUCCUGUUUGUUUUGGUCACUGCACAACAAAUGAAAGUGAGUUCUCAGAGAGGAUGACCACUAUGCACACACGCUCGUCAGUAAUUUCCAGCACAAAGACAAAAUCAAAAGAGUAACCGUUAUUACUUGUUAUGGCCAAAGCCUGUUUCAAUUUCUAAAAAGUCCACAAAUCCAUAAUACAAAAAUGGGCCUUUUUUCCAGAGUAGGCUCGUGAUUAUUUGCUGUAUUGUACAGUUUCUACAUGCUUUAUAUAAUUAGAUCAUUUUAAACUAAUAGUGCACAUAUUGCCUGCAGCAAGUAUCAAGCCCCUUUUAAGAACAGUUUACUAAGAAUAUGUAUUUUCUUUAUAAAUAAAAUGUUAAACAAACAUCUGAUUACAGAAAACUUCACCUUUUCAGGAAUUACACACAUUUAUCUUUGGAAAAUAAUAUUAUUAGCCUUUGAUUAUAUAGAUCUUCCUCCAAACAAGUAUCUGUAUAAGUUGUUACUAUAGAAACAAUAACAUAUUAGAACAAGUGCAUUGAUGUAAAUAUACUAUUUAAAUUACAGCCAGCGCUAUUGUGAGAGUUGCUGUUAAAGAUAAUUAAUCAACACCUUCUGACCAAUCAGAUGAAUUCAGUAAGUAUGAAUUAUGACAAAGCAUGAUUCCUUUUUCGUUUUUAUUGUUAUAAAGCAAAGCACAUUAACCCUGGUAGAUACAUUAUUUUCUUGACUGUUUUCAUUUUGUGAUAAAAAAGGUCAAGUGAAUAAAUAAACUUAACAUGUUCUAAAAUUGUAUUUAGUAAAACAUGAUUAAAAAUGGCUACUUUGUUUACCUGUUGUCUUUCUUUUAAAUUGUCCUGAUUUUAAUCAAGUAAGGCUUAAUUAAAAGAAGACAGAAAAAAGACUGCUGACAUUUUUCUGUGUUUAGUGUUCAGACAAAACAAAAAAUCAUGGACACAUAUGAUCAACACAAGAUGUUAUGAAAAAUGAGUUGACUGACAUUAGUGAUUUGUGCACAAUAUGACAAACUAACACAAUGUUGUCUUCAAGCACGAUACUGUAUGUAUUUUUUUAUAUUGUUGGUUACUAACCACUCAUAUGGAAGUGUUAUUCUUUUUUCUGUUCAAUUCUGUGGUAAUUGUUUUUAUCUUUUUGGCAUGGUUAACAUUUACUUUUCCACUUAAUUGAUAAAAUACAUAAUAUGAUCCCAGCAUGCAACUGAUGUAUGAGAGUGGCCAAGAGAAGCUGUUAAUAUAUCAUACAUUAUCUGCUAAUUCCAUAUCAGUAUGGUGUUUUCUGCAAGGUUGACAAUGUUGCUCCAGUAUACAUUGGGCAAUAUUAUGCACUAGAUUAUAUUGCACCUCUAAAGUUGGACUCUCUGAAUUUUUCGUAACUUAAAAUAUCUGUUCUGAAUGUCAACUAUAUCACUCCAAAAUAAAUUUUACAAAUUUAUACAUACUA